AUGAAACGUAAUGUUUAUCAAAAAGUAAACGAAUUCACGGAGAAGUUGCACGAAUUGCGUGUUGCCCUCAGUGAGUUCCGUGAAAUUUGUAUAUUUAUUAGUCAAUGCGAAAAAUUAAGCGGCGAAUUGGAAGGUGAACGUCGAUCACAUGCCGACGAGUUACGACAAAUUAAUCAGGAUAUAAAUCAUUUGGAGGAUAUUUUCAAAAGUUUAAAAAAUGAAACUGAUUCGAAAAAGGAAAGCAUUACGCGGAAGUAUCGUGAAAUCGAGCGAGAUUUAAGUCGUACAAAUGAAAUUUUAUGCGAAAGCGGUAUUCCGGAAACAGAUUUGCUAACAAAUGAAAUGCUUUUUCCGUCACAAUUUAAUGAUGUAAUCGAUAAUAAUGCAGCAAAUCAUUUGGCUCUAACAACACCGCUGGUCCUAAAUCAAUUAUCGCAUCUUUCAUUCCUUGAAAUGCUGAAUCGACAUCGGAAUCAUAUUCUGGAAGCUUCCGAUAGAAUUUUAUGUACAUCAUCCGGUAAUGUAGCAGCUACAGCUGCUGCUUCUAUGACCACUAUUAUGCCGGCAAUAAGUGAACCAGCCAAAAUGAAAAAAUGUCUGUCUUGCGAACAACUUAUACAUCGAAAUGCACCCAUAUGUCCACGUUGUAAGGCAAAAAGUCGAUCAAAAUAUUCAAAAAGGUCGAGAAAAUUGGAGCAAUGA